GCUGGAUGGGAAAGAUAGACGGAGAGAGGGAGACAGACAACCGAUAAAGAAACACACAAGCAGCCGAGAUUAAGCGAGGCUACGGACGAAGGAAAUAAAUGCCCUCUUCCCUGGCUGGGGAAUAAAAACCGCAGCUAGUGACUGGAGGAUACAGAGAGGGGGGGGGGAGGCAGAGAGAAGAUGGAUGUACAAACGGAAAACAUGGACCCCCCGCCUGGUGAAUCCCAGCCGAGUGGAAAAAUCAGAAAAGGAUUCAAGCUGUUUGGCAAACGCAAGCCAGGUAACAUCUUUUCUAUUCGAAGCAAAGGGGAUGGAAACAACAAGUCACCUGUUAACAAGGGCAAAACCAUAGAUGGAUUAUCAGACACCGGUGCACCAGAUAUGGAGCCAGAGUCAGACAAGGAAAAAAGACAGGAGGUGAGUCAAGGAGAAAAGGAGCAAGCAGAAGAGGAGCCACUUGGUGAAGAUGGCGUUAUGGCUGCAGCAGCUGCUCGCGCCUCCAUUUCUUCCAUGAGCUCGGCCAAGUCCCUCAGCUUUCUGUCGUUGCUGAGGGGUGGCCGGAGAGGAAUGGGGGACCGGCGGGUCCAAACGGUGUCCCAGCCGGUGGGUCGGCAACGUCGUGGGCUGAAGGGUCUCUUUGGCACUGUUAAGUUCCGCUCAAAAGAUAAAGAGGAACAGGAGGAUGCCCCUCCGAGUCCACUUCUCAUGUUGUCCCGGGCCAACAGCGUGGAAAUCAUCAAGGAGGACCUCACCCUCACCCCCAAGUUCCAACCUCGAUCUCUGGACAGCCCCGAGAGCGAGAGCUCCGAGCCCCUCACGAGCGUGACAACACCGGGCAGGGAAGUCCCGUCCCCGUCAGAGACCAUAACCCCCCAGCUGACAUCAGGGAAUCUGAAUAGAGCUGAUGAACUUGUCCCUCAACCACCCAUGGUACCCGGUGAAAGCAGCCUGAGCUCCUUGCUGGCCGACAUCUCCUCUCUCCUGACCUUUGACUCUAUCUCAGGGGGUGGUGACUUCAUGGCUGAUGUGGAGGCAGAGUGGGGGAAAGCCAGCAAUGCCAUCAGUGCAGCGGAGAGGGAAGUCACGCCAUCAUCUGCAUCUUUCUUCUCCAAACCCACCAUCUCUUCUCCGGUGACUUCUACCUUGGUCAGCACAGCUCCUACGGUAAAACCCUCCUUCCCCACAGCAGCAUCCAGCCAAUCCUUCUCUCCUCUGACAAAGACAGCUCCAUCCUCCUCACCCAUUGCCAAGCCGAGCACAAUCAUCACAACAUUGACCAAAUCUUCCACUUUGACAACUCCCUCAGUCAAACUGAGCUCAGAUUCUACUGCUGUCUCCAGCGUAACGAUUAAAUCAACUCCUACACCCACCGCAACAGAACUUUCAAAGACUCCUGUCACGUUUACAAGUCUUUCAGGUCCAUUGAUGUCUUCCUCUUCAAUAACAAUUAAAUCCACACAGAGCUCCACCACUGCUACAACCAGAGCUCCUCUGAGCACCCCAGCUACUGUAGUCAAAGCUCCCUCAGCUAGUCCAAACCUUACCUCGACGGCUAGCAAAUUGGCUUCAGAACUUGCAGCACCUUCUGCAACCGAUUCAGUAAGUAAACCCACUCAUGUAGCAACUCCGCCGCUCUUAUCAGCUAAACCUCCACCAGUAAAGCAUAGCCCUCCCACCCCUGUUGCUUUCACCCAACCUCCACCUGCUAAAGUAGAUUCAGCUAGUGGUCUGAAUUGGCAAACUUCUACUUCCUACAAACCUUCCCUUCUAAGUUCCUCUGCAGGGGAAGCUAAAGCCCCAGUAGCAGUAUCAGCAACCUGUACUGUUACAUCCAAACCCCCCUUUCCUCCACCAGUUAUCCCCUACAAGAUAACAACGAUUCCUACGUCAACUACAACCUCAGGCUUAGUGUCUAUGGCCAGUUCUAAGCCUACAAUCACCUCCAGCCCAAUGGACCUAACUAAGACCCCUCCCUCCCUUGUUACUCUUCAAGAUUAUUGUCCUCCUUAUGUCCCGAGUUUUAUAACUCAACCUAGCCCUGCUUCUGUCCCAACUCCAUCAUCAAAUUCUUUAGAUAACAUUCCUCCCACAUCUAAACCCACUCCUGCACCGCUCUCUCUAGAUAGUGAGCCCCCUGCUCCCAAACCAACUCCAGCCCCUUCCACUCAUGCUGUUGUUUGCACAGCAUCCCCAACACCUCCUAUUCUGGAUCAGAUCUCUAAAGUUCCUCCUGCACCUGCUCAAAUUCCGACUUCUUUGUCUAAAGAGCUCCCUGCUCCUGCUCGGAUCCUAAUUACUGUAUCAAAAGACCCUCCUGCUCAAAUCCCAGUUAAUGUUUCAAAAUACCCUCCUGAUCAGAUCCCAGUUUCUGUGUUCAAAGACCCUCCUGCUCAGAUCCCAGUGUCUGUGUUCAAAGACCCUCCUGCUCAGAUCCCAGUUUCUUUAUUCAAAGACCCUCCUGCUCAGAUCCCAGUUUCUGUGACAAAAGACUCUCCUGCUCAGAUCCCAGUUUCUGUAACUAAAAACCCUCCUGCUCAGAUCCCAGUUUCUUUAUUUAAAGACCCUCCUGCUCAGAUCCCAUUUUCUGUAUCUAAAGACCCUCCCACUCAGAUACCUUUAAAUGUAUCUAAACCCCUUCCUUUGCCUGCUCAGAUCCCUGUUUCUAUAUCUAAAGACCCUCCUUUCCCUGGUCAGACCUUUCAAUCGAAAGCCUUUCCUGCUCCUUCCCCUGUUAGUCCUCUUCCCUCUGGCCCUGCGCCUUGGCAGAGUGAAGCCCCAAGCUCUGCUAAGAUGACAGGAAGUGGACAGGUAUCACCAGAUUGCCAACUGGUUAAUCCAAGUAGCACAGGUAUCCUGGGGGCCCAGACCAGGCCGUCCAAAACAGAAGAACUGCAUAGUGAGUCUAGAACAAACCUCCAAGGCCCCUCCAGAGAUAAGAAGAGCCCACAAGUGAAGGCAUCAGUGCUCAGCAAAAUACCCGUAGUUGGAGGGGGCAGAGCAGGCAAGCUACCUGUGCGGGAAAGCCAACAUUUUGAUGAUGAAGCAAGCAGAGACCCACCUACUCCAGAAUAUGAGACACCCCAUUUCAACUCACAUGACGCAGCGAGAAGCAUAAUAAAACACACCCUGGAGGAGAAUCAGCAGCCUCCUCAGCCAAAAGUUCUCCCCAGUGUACAACGUGACUCAAAGAUCCCUGUGAAGCACGGUGCAACUGCCUCCCAAAUCCCUGUAGCUAAAGAACCCCCUCGUUCCAAGAUACCCACGUCCAAGGUUCCUGUCCGCAGGGUUGGCAAUAAACCUGCAGCUGCAGGAGGCAGCACCCAGACAAGAAGAUAAACAAUGGACUGAACCAAGCAAGGAUACAGAUUAAGGCUUUGACUUCAAUGUUUUUCCAUUCAAACUACAUGACCACCCUUUUUUUUAUUUAAUUUUUCUAUACUGUUAUUCUUGGCUUGCCAUCUCUUUGCUUCACAACAUCGAAAGCAGCAGUAACAUAAUUAAGGAAGCGGACAGCACUCAAGCACAAAACAUCACCACAGGGAGCUCAGGCAGCAAGCCUGGCUCAUUGGUUCUGAGCCAAAUGGACAUGCACUCAGGAAAGGUUCAGGGUCACACCUGGACACGCAGCAGCAUCGGCAAAUAAGGAUAAGCAAGAUAAAAGAUCUUCUGGGAACAGUCACACACACAUCACAUGGGCGAGUGCCUUUCCUAUGGGUGCUUUUCCUACAGACUCUCAGAAUUUGUCCAGUCUUUUCUACAGUACUUUUAACUUUUGUUACUCCCACUUUUUGAAGGAACUGUCAAAUGUUUUUUGUCUUUUCUUUCCAGCAAAUCUCUUUGAUAACAACCAGAUCCUUUAGCUUUUAUUUAUGUCAGGGGAAGAACAGCAGGAGCUCUAUAAAUAAAUGCAGCGACCAAAUUUACAUUCCACACCUACCCCUGGAUGUUAUGUAGCAGAAAACAUGCCAUUCUUUUUUGCACAAGAUGUCGAAAUGUACAGCGCUUUUGUGUCAGCCUGCCGAUAUGUAACUUGGAUCAGAUCUCACUGUGAACUAUGGGAGAGACUUUGGUUGGAGGGAGGAGAGGCGGAAAUAACUCCCAGCAUAACGGACAGGAGCCAUUAUGAAUGGCACUGCUGAAAGAGACAGACAGGAUGCUGGGAUGAGAUCUCCAGCUCGUAAACUGACACAUCCAUAUCCUUAUCCAGCUUAUACUAUAAGAUGAGAACAAUAUCUGUGUGUACAGUCUCAUCUAUGUUGUUCUGUUUCCUAUUUAAUCAAUAAAA